AGCCCUGUGCUUGCGAUCCACCCGCCUCAGCCUCAGCUGCACCGAGUCGCCGGGGACUGGAGGCUUUCGAGGGGAGACAAUGAGCGCGGCGCCCGGCAACGAGAGCUCUCGAUCGGCCGCCCCAGCACCGAGCGGAGCCGAGGGAAACCUCCGGGCGAGAGACAACGAUCCUCUCUACAUCAGGAACAGCUCCUUCAGGAGGAACUCUCAGACCUCGACGGCAAGUCUCAGCCGUGAGAUCGGCGCCGCUUCCAACAUCAAAGCCCCCCGUCCGGCGUUCAUCAUCACUUCAGGAGAAUUUCUGCAGCACAGCUCAGACUGUACCAGUAGCCCUGGGCCACACUCCAGCACCAGGACCAUCUUCUAUAAAGGCCUCUGCCUCCUGCUGCUGCUGUGCCAAGGGGGGCUCCUGGAUUUCUACCUGAUCAUUUUUACUGACCUGUACUGGUGCUCUUGGAUCGCCACCGACCUGGUGGUGAUGGCGGGCUGGCUCAUCUUCUUCAUCAAACACUCGAGGCGGAGAGGAGACGCCGCCAAAGCGGCUCCCGACAGUGGCCAGUUCGCCUUCUCCUACCUGGCCUGGCUCAUUUAUGUCAUCGCCUGCACGCCCAAAAUCGUGCUGAUUCUGGAGACCUCCAUCCUCGACCUGAUUGAGCUAAAGGUUCCUCUGGGCACCACUGGCUUUAAGAUGGUGGUCCUGUCGUCUGUGCCCUUGCUCUACACCCUCAUCAACUCAGUGACUGAGGAGCUCAGUUGCCAGAGCAGCCACCGAGCGCAGAAUUACUACAGCCGAACCUGCCUGGAUCUCCUGGACAGUUUCACUCUCAUGGAGCUGGUGCUGGCCGGCCAUAUUCCCAGUGUUUACCUCAAGUACACGGUCACCACCGUCUACUUCGUCGCGUUUUUCAUCCCGGUUCUCUGGCUCUAUGAACUCAACUCGUUGCAGCUACACUACAAGUGUGUGGUGUUCCGCUUCCUGUCCAGUUCCGCUGUCAAUGCCCCUCUCUUGGUGGUCAGGUGCUUUCUGGUCUUUAUUUAUGACCAACAAGUCUCGGUGUUCCUUUUGAAGAAUGUCUUUUGGUUGUGUUGUGAUUGUGCUGAGGUCCUGGAGAGAUGUUGCAGUGUGAGGCGUGUCCGUAAGUACUCGAGCCCUCCCGUGCAGUUUACACAUUGCAUUUCGGAGAAUGAGAUGUGUGCACAUGGAUAUGUGAACACCCUGGCAGUGACAGCUCAGUCCUAG